CUGCUGGCUGGCUGCCUCGUUUCUUCUUCUCUGGCCCUCUCUCCCACCACCACCAUCAACACCAUUCCCACGUAUAUUCAUUCAUUCAGUCAAUCAUUCUCUCUCAUUGUCGCACAAAACCAUUUGCUUUUUCUGAAAAACGCUUUUCCCCCCCUUUCUCUCUCCCCAAUCUUCGCCCGUUUGUCUCCCCCGGCCCCACGAGCUUAUUUUGUUUCUUUUCUUUAAUUUUCAGCGUUUACGGAUUCAUCGCUUUGAGAAACGUAGAUGCACACUGUUUUUUAUGUUUAUUGAUACGGGCAUUCAUCGGUCUGGGCAUUGGCUGCUUUUUGUUUGAUCAAUGAGGAUCGUUGGUGCUUGCGGAUUAGGGUUCCGUUGAGAUUGGAUGUGGGUUGUGCUUUUCCAGGGAUGUAGAGGGGUGGGGCGAUGCAAAAAUUUUGUCUUGGUUGGUGGGUUUUUGGGAUUUUUUGAUUUUGUUUGUAUGGUGAAAUCGAGGAAGUUGGAUCCGUUGAGGUCUUAAUUUUGUGUGUGUGUUGUGUGUUUGGAUUUGUAACGCUAAAUCUGAUUGAAAAUUUGGGCUUCUGGGCGUCGGAUUAUUAUUGUUCUAUAAAUUGAUCGUUUCGUGGUGGCUGAAUCGCCAUGGAUCAUGUUGUCGGCGGCAAAUUUAAGCUGGGGAGGAAGAUCGGGAGUGGGUCUUUUGGUGAGCUAUAUUUAGGUUCCAAUUUGCAAAGUCGCGAAGAAGUUGCCAUCAAAUUGGAGCCAGUCAAUACCAGACAUCCACAGCUUCACUAUGAAUCAAAAAUUUAUACGCUUCUCCAAGGAGGAACGGGCAUUCCCAAUCUUAAAUGGUUUGGUGUUGAGGGUGAAUACAACGUUAUGGUCAUUGAUCUCCUUGGUCCAAGUUUGGAAGAUCUCUUCAACUACUGCAAUAGGAAGUUCUCUCUAAAAACUGUAUUAAUGCUUGCAGAUCAAUUAAUUAAUAGAGUUGAGUACAUGCAUGCCAGAGGACUUCUACACCGCGAUAUAAAGCCAGAUAAUUUCUUGAUGGGCCUAAGUCGCAAAGCAAAUCAGGUUUAUAUCAUUGACUAUGGCCUUGCCAAAAAGUAUAGGGAUCUUCAGACUCAUAAGCAUAUUCCAUACAGGGAAAACAAGAAUCUGACAGGCACAGCUCGUUAUGCUAGUGUCAACACGCACCUUGGUGUUGAACAAAGCAGAAGGGAUGAUUUGGAGUCUCUGGGUUAUGUGCUUAUGUACUUCCUCAGAGGAAGCCUUCCAUGGCAGGGUCUAAAAGCUGGUACCAAAAAGCAGAAAUAUGAUAGAAUCAGUGAAAAGAAAAUGCUUACUCCAAUAGAGGUGCUGUGCAAGUCAUAUCCGUCAGAGUUCAUAUCAUACUUCCACUAUUGUCGAUCGUUACGUUUUGAAGAUAAACCAGACUAUUCUUAUCUUAAGCGGCUUUUCAGAGAUUUGUUUAUUCGUGAAGGUUAUCAAUUUGACUUUGUUUUCGAUUGGACAAUUUUGAAGAAUCCUCAGAUUGGUGCCAGUUCUAGAGGGCGAAAUCCUAGUGGGAAUGCAGGAUUAAAUGCUGGGCCAUCUGCUGAAAGACCAGGAAGAAUGUCAUGCACCGUUGAGGCACUUUCGAGGAGGAAUGGUCCUGGCCGGCAUGGUGAGAACUCGAGACAGAAAUCAGAGGACGUACCUUCAUCAAAAGAUGUGCAACCGGAUUCUGAAAGGGGUCGGACCUCGAGAAACGCCAUCUCUUCAAAAAGAGCUGCGAUUUCAAGCAGCAGACCCCACGCUGCUGAAGGAAUCGAUGGUCGCCCGAGCAGAUUAGUGUCAAGCACUGGCCGCUCGUCUACUGCACAAAGACUUCAUCCCGGGACUGAAACCAAGCCCCGGUCAGGGGCAACAAAGGGCACCCGCGAUGACCCCCUUCGCAGCUUCGAGUUCCUCAAUAUCCGGAAGUGAUGAGACUCGCGAGUUUUAAUAAGGAAAUUCUGGCAAUUCAAGGCAAUCUCUGGCCUAUUGAACUUCCUGUGUAAAUGGAAACCCUAUCCUGUGCUGCAACUAAAGCUUAUCCCGACUUGUAUCAGUGUUCGAUUGUUUUUGUUUCUCUAGAGAUUAUGGCCGCCACGCUGUUAGACUCGUCCAAGAAAGUGAUGAGCUUUCAUGAGUUUUCAUCAUAUAUGUAACACAGGAUUUGAUAGCUGUAAUAAAUGUUUAUGUAUGAAAUAUGAAUAUAUCACCUUCCAGGCAAUGGCUAUAUUUAACAGGCUAUCCAAAUAAGCAUAGUGUGGAAUCACAGUUCUUUGUUUGUUGAAAA